UAAAAAGGGUAAUCUCUAGCCGACGACGGAGUAGGAGCAGAGAGCACAUGUUUAUUCGAAGGAAUUGGUAAAGAAGAAAAAGAAGCAGCUAGCGGAAACAUUGAAAAUGGCAGAAGGAAAGGGAAGCGAAAAUUGGGUAGAAGAUCUGCAACGUACUGUCAUUCAAUCCAAAGACUCUGCUAUUCGGUCUGCUUGUUCUUUUCAACAAAAUUCAUCUUUCCAUCUUCGCUCCUUACAGGAUCAUCUGCCACGAGCUGUUUCCCAGUUCAAAACUUAUGAAGAUGCUUUUGUUAACAAAAUUAAAGAGGAGUUGAUGAGUGCAAGGGAACAUCCAGUUGAGACUGUUGGUGUUGCUGUAACUGCUGGUCUUCUUCUUAUGAGAGGCCCGAGGAGGCUUUUGUUUCGUCAAACAUUUGGUCGACUUCAGAGUGAGGAGGCAAAAUUUCUUAAAGCUGAAAAGAAUUUAAAAGAGUUGACCCUCUCUGUAGAUUUAAUGAAGAAUGAGAGCAGAAAACUACUUGAAAGGGCAUCUUAUGCUGAAAAGGAUAUGAAACAUGGCCUUACUGAGCUCUUGGAUUCUGGAAGUCAAAUUCAACGUCUUGCCAAAUCAGUUUACAAGGUUGAAAACCAAGUUGCAGAUUUGAUGGAUGGGCUACGAGAAAUCUCUGGUAGGGAGGCUUUGAAACUUCGAGCUGAGGUUGCUUCUAUGGCAUCAGGUUUGAAGCAGCACAGGACUGCGCUGGACAAACGGAUAAUGAAGAUUUCUGAACUAGGGGUUCCUGUUUGAUAGCAUAAAGUGAUCUUGAUACUACAUCUUUUGCGCAUUUGUAUUUUGUUUCUCUCUCUCUUUUAAGUCCAUUCACUGGUGUUCUGCGCCAGAGCAGAGCAUGUUAAAGAUGAGGGAAGAUGGAAUUUUACCUUGCCCAAAAUCAGAAUUACAGGAACGCCUGAAUUUUACCUUGGUCAGACUAAUUAACUAAUCUUAUCCCAUUCAAUAAUAUUAUCCUUUGAGAAAGAAAGCAGGAGCAUUA